CUGGGCUGGAGGCCCUCCAGGGGAGAGCAGAGGGAGCUCAGAUCCCCCAGCCGGUGCGAGUGAGAAGCCACCGAAACUUGAGCUAGGAGAGGCUUCUCAAGAAGAUUCUGCCUACUUCGAAAUCUUUAUGCUUUUUUGUUGAGGAGCUAGGUGUCUGCUGUUUUUUUGUUUCCUUAAUUGAUUUCAAGGGAAACCCGUGAAUUGAAAAUGAGACUAAAUAUCGCCAUCUUCUUUGGGGCUCUCUUUGGUGCUUUGGGGGUUUUACUCUUUUUGGUGUCUUUUGGAUCAGAUUAUUGGCUUCUUGUGACUGAAGUGGGGAAGUGCUCAGGUGAACAGAAUAUAGAAAAUGUCACUUUCCACCAUGAAGGAUUCUUCUGGAGAUGUUGGUUUAAUGGAAUUGUAGAAGAGAAUGAUUCCAAUAUCUGGCAGUUCUGGUACACCAAUCAGCCACCAUCCAAGAACUGCACCCACGCUUACCUGUCACCAUAUCCCUUCAUGAGAGGUGAGCACAACGCCACCUCCUACGACUCUGCAGUGAUUUACCGUGGCUUCUGGGCGGUUCUGAUGCUCCUGGGGGUAGUCGCCGUGGUGACUGCGAGCUUUCUGAUCAUCUGUGCAGCCCCCUUUGCCAGCCACUUUCUCUACAAAGUCGGGGGAGGCUCCUAUAUUGCGGCAGGCAUCCUGUUUUCCCUGGUGGUGAUGCUGUAUGUCAUCUGGGUCCAGGCAGUGGCUGACAUGGAAAGCUACAAAAACAUGAGAAUGAAAGACUGCUUGGAUUUCACCCCUUCUGUGCUGUAUGGCUGGUCUUUUUUUCUGGCCCCAGCGGGGAUAUUUUUUUCUUUGCUAGCUGGAUUACUAUUUCUAGUUGUUGGACGGCAUAUUCAGAUACAUCACUAAUCAAGCUGUUGCCGCCAGUAUUUUCUGGAGAGAUUUUAAAAUGGAGAAUUUUUUUUUCAUUUUGCUUCCAUGAUCCUAGCAUAGCAUGAGUUGAUGUAACUUUUUAGAUGUUAUUUGAAUCAACCAUUUUACUUAUGCUUUUCUCUAAUAAGAAAGUUCUAGGAUCUCUCCAGACUCCAGAAUACUUCCAUCUUAAUCUGUGUGCUCUCGAGAACCUAGUUUUUUUUUAGGGAGCAGGUAACAGGGCCUCCCCUUCACUGCACUUGUUAGAGUUUUCAGGUAACAAAGGCCUUUAUAGUAGCAUAAUACCAUCACCAGGGGCAAGACAUGAUUUGAUUUAAACUUCCUUCUUGGCAUUCACUGCUGCUGCUAUUUAAAAAAAAAAAAAAUCUUUGGAGAAUAAUUAAGAACAGAAAACAAAUGUUGUCCAUUUCUUCUCUACACAUAAACAUAUCCAUGUAUGUAUGUACUUACUCCUGUGAGCAGAUUAUUCAUUAUUUAAAAAUAGACAGCAGUUGUUCUUGUAGCAGGAACCACGUGAACUCAUCAGUUAAAAUGGGCCACAACAAAACUAACGUGCACUUAUUCCACUUUCUUACCAGAAUUAGGUUGGUUACCUGAAAUUAUUCACUUAAUCGUACAUGCUUACAUAAAUCUUAAAACUAGAUUUACAAGAAACAAAUCCUUACACCAAAUCACAUAUAAUGCAGAUUGGAUUUCUAUGAACUUAAAGUAGUUUAUGUAAUAUCGUUGAUAAUACAUAAAAUACAUAAAAAACGAACAUCUUUGCUUUGUACAUAAUUCUAUUUGAUAUUUUAAAAUUUCCAUUUAAAAAUUAUAUUGCUAAUAUGUUCAGCAUGUGAACAUUUAUUGAUGAAAUGUGCUUUUAAUAUGCACUCGCUAUAAACUUUCAAAAUACUUCCAGAUGAGGAUGAUGAUAGCCUUGCUUUAUUAAAGACUGAAAUAUUAACUUUCCCCCAAAUCUAUGGGUUGCAAUUCUGAUCAUCUGAUUCCCUUAACUAUUGUCUCUCCAAGUCUUCAUCUUCACAACAGAUUCAUUAACAUUUAGAGAUCGGCUAUUUCCUUUCACCUUUUGGAAGAAAACUUACGGGGAUGGAAAUGAUUCUUUAUUAUUUCCUAGAGUAGACAUUUUGCAUAUCAAAGAUGUUUGUUUGGCUCUAAUUUUGAUUGAAAUCAAAUCCAUCUGAAAAGCCUCCUUGAUGGGGGAGUCGUGUUAGGGAACAGAGACCCCAGUGGUGUGCAGACUGUUCCACGCACAGUGGUUUUACUCCGCAGCUGUGGUGAACACCUAAGGCCUGGCUCAGAGGCACAUUAAAGGGUGAGCACCCAGAAGCCUCUGUGGGUGGAGGUUCUGCUGCUUUCAUCCCCAGGUCCUGUGAUGGGGAGCUUGGCCGACUCUUUUCUGCACACCUUGUAUUUCUCCUUAACCCUUGUCUCAGUGGGAGGGCACCCUGGAGGGAAAGCGGAAAUCUGAGGAAUCUGCACAUCACCAGGGCAUUUUAGGGGUCAGUGACUAGACUUGUCUUUUUUUUUUUUUUUUUUUAAAGAGCUUCAGGGGCUUAAGUAGUUUCUCAAGCAUUUCAAUUUUAUCAUAAAUGUUUUCAUCAUAUUUUCCUUUGUCUUUUUCUGUUUCAUUUUUAUAUUGCUUGAUCUGUGUCUUGGCUUUUGGCUUGAUUAUUAGAAAAAUAAUUUUGUGUUCUGUUAUGCAUAUUGACUGUGAUAUUAAGUUGUGCAUGCCAUGAUGUUUUCCAGACAAUGCUUGAUGUAUUUGAUUAGUUCAUGUCAUCUGUAAAUACAAUUCCUUUUUUGUAGAACUUUGGAAUGGAGCCUUCUUCUAGUGUAUUAUAUGUCAUUUAAAUCUCACAGGCAAGCUGCUUUUAGUAAAAGUUUGAAUAUUUGUAGUUUUCAGAUGGUUAAUCUUCCUUUUUAAUACUGAUGUGACUACCAUAUAUUUAUCUGGAGGGAAUUGAUGGAAUAUCUGAUGUACAAGACACUGUUACACAGAUCCACACUUGGGAAGUAUUUCACGUUAAUUCAAAACACACUUCCUAUCUGUUAGACCAGUAAUCCACGGAAGAAAGGAAGGUGAGUUGUGUUUCUAUGUCAGUGAAUAAAGCAGACUUCAAAGCA